UUGAUCAUAUGUGAGAAUAUGUUAUUAAACAGAGUGAGAUGUUUGUAUCUUUUAAAGAAACCUGAAUACUUAUUAAAUAUUAAAAAUAAUAUUAACCUAUCAUCUGCUUCCGUUUUAUAUGGAUCUAAUAAAAUAGAAUUAUUUAUAAAUGAUCAAAGAGUGUUGGCUGAACCAGGCAUGACUAUUUUACAAGCAUGUUCUCUUAUUGAUAUUGAAAUCCCUAGAUAUUGUUUUCAUGAGAGAUUAAGUAUAGCAGGAAACUGUAGGAUGUGCUUAGUUGAGGUUGAAAAAUCAAUCAAACCAGUUGCCUCCUGUGCUAUGCCAGUGAUGAAAGGCAUGCGAGUUAAAACAGAUAAAAGAUCUACAAUAACCCAAAAAGCUCGUGAGGGUGUUACAGAAUUUUUAUUAGUCAACCAUCCUUUAGAUUGCCCUAUUUGUGAUCAAGCAGGUGAAUGUGAUUUGCAAGAUCAGACAAUGGCUUUUGGUAGUGACAGAAGCAGGUUUGUUGAUAUGAUGUAUUCCGGGAAAAGAGCUGUUGAAGAUAAAAAUAUUGGUCCUUUAAUUAAAACAAUAAUGACACGCUGCAUUCAUUGCACUAAAUGCAUAAGAUUUGCAUCCGAAAUAGCUGGCGUAGAUGAUUUGGGAACCACUGGUCGAGGAUCUGAUAUGCAAGUUGGCACAUUCGUUGAAAAAAUGUUCUACUCCGAGUUAUCAGGAAAUGUUAUUGAUCUGUGCCCUGUUGGAGCACUCACAUCUAAACCAUAUACUUUUACAGCAAGACCAUGGGAAACACGUAAGACAGAAAGCAUAGACGUUAUGGAUGGUGUGGGAAGCAAUAUAGUUAUUAGUACCAGGUCUGGCGAUGUUAUGCGAAUAUUGCCGAAAGUUAACGAUGAUAUUAACGAGGAAUGGAUAUCUGACAAGACUAGAUUUGCUUAUGAUGGACUUAAAUAUCAAAGAUUGGUGAGCCCGAUGAUCAAAAAGAAUGAUAUUUUUGAAAAUUGCGAAUGGGAAAAGGCCUUAAAUUUAUUAAGCGAAAAAAUAUGUCAAACCACAGGCUCCAAAAUGAUGGCUGUGGUUGGGAAUAUGGCUGACGCAGAAUCCAUGGCAGCUUUAAAAGAAUUUUUUAAUCGCCUAGGAUCACACAAUGUCUACACAGAGAGUUUAUUUCCGCCAAUAUUUAAAAAUAAUCGAGCCUCUUACAUAAUGAAUAACGGGAUAGCAUCGAUCGAAGAUGCGGACUUGAUAAUGAUAAUCGGAUGUAAUCCCCGUCUUGAAGCUCCAUUGGUUAACGCUAGAAUCAGGAAGGCUUGGCUACACAACGAAGCUGACGUGGCUUAUUUAGGCGAUCCAGUUAACUUAUCUUAUGAUUACAUUCAUUUGGGGAAAAGUUUGAAAGAUUUUAUCAACCUAACAUCAAAUAAAGCAAAUAUUUCUUUUCGACAAAAAAUUGCAAAAUCAAAAAAGCCUAUGUUAAUAUUAGGCUAUACAAUGUUAAAGAAGACCGAAGGAGAAAAUAUUCUUAAACUUGGCCUUAAGUUUAGUCACGAACUUCAAAAUAAUAUUAAAAAAGAUGCUACAGUAAAUUAUAAUUGGAAAGUUUUCAACGUUCUUCAUACUACUGCUAAUUUGGUAGGAGCUUUAGACUUAGGCAUAGAAACGAGAGAUUGUGUUAAGGCCUUCAAUGAAUUCGUACCCGAAUUAAUUUACUUAGUCGGAACCGAUGACAAUACUCAUUUAUUACGAAGUAUACAGCAAUAUAAAGAGACCGGUGGCCAAACAUUCGUCGUUUAUCAAGGACAUCACGGAGAUCGGGCCGCUUCGCUGGCCGACAUUAUAUUACCUGGGGCAGCUUAUACCGAAAAAUACGGUACGUAUGUUAAUACUGAAGGUCGUUCUCAAUACACUCAGCAAGCGGUUAGUGUCCCAGGAAAAGCCAGGGAAGAUUGGAAAAUCAUUAGGGCUCUGUCACAAUUUGUUAACGAGAUGAAAACUGUUACUACGCUAAGAAGUUUGGAUCCACUUGUUUUACCUAAUCUUAACGUUUUAACCUACUUAAAAGAUAACUUUAAAGAUAUUAGCCAUGAUGAGAGCCUUGCCAACACUAAUUUCAGUUCUGACUUUAAGCCAAAAUAUACACUUCCUUACGAUGAUCUUUUAAAGGCCAGACAUUUAAUGAAUAAAAUUGCCCAUUCACAGCAUCUCACAAAUUACGGGGUUUUAAAUGCAAAAUUUUACGAUGACAAUUAUAACAGACUUAUGAGUCACGUUGCUAUGCUGAAUAUUGAGGAUAUUGUUAAAAAUCUCUCUAAAUCAUCAGAUUAUACUUUAACGCCAGCUAUGUAUACGCUUAAAGAUUUUUAUAUGACGGACGCUAUAUCCCGUGCUUCUGUUACUAUGGCCAAGUGUGUUAAAGCAGCUUCCGAAGCAGAAGGCACUCGAUAUUUUACUCAACAAGAAACACAUGCUCUUUCAAUUUAAUUUUCCUUAUUAAUUUUAUUAGUCAUAUUUAUUUAAUUAAAAUAAUCAAUUAAUAUUUUCUGUAACAUAGUAUUCUUAUAUUUUAAUAAAAUUUUGCAACGCA